UUUAAUCCCCAUACUAUUCUUAUAAUACCUUGUUUUGCAUUUCUCUCUCUCCUCUCUCUCUCCCUCAAUCUCUUUUCUUCCCCUUUCCCUUAACAGCGUACGAGUUUGGCACGAUUCCUCUAACCGAAUGAUAGGUGAAGAGGAAGAGGAUCGUUGCAUUUCACAUGCUAUUUUGGUGCGAUUACACUAACCAUUUGUUCUUGCUCCUUGUCACCUGCCAUUCAGUAUCGAGCCUGCCGUGGGAUGGGAUAAUCGUCACUCAAUCCUCUGGGAAUCUUAUGGAGCUGGAAUGAUAGUGGCUUCGGAGCUUGUUCAGGGGGAUGGCAAGGAUCAAGUGUGUUAAAGGCCAGGUUAUAGCGAUCCAGCUAGUUCAAUGCAGAGACAGGUUAGCAUCAGAAGAAGUCCAUACGUAUGGUGACUUGCGUUUCAAAGCCUUCGGAAUGAUAGGUCGGUAUCUGACGAAGUUCCUUAUUUGCAUCUCCCAACGUGGUGCCUCUGUUGGUUAUCUCGUCUUCAUCAGCCAAAACAUGUCAUCCAUUGUGGGCACCCAUACCUUGACAUUGUCUUCUUACAUAUUCCUUCUUGUCCCUGUCGAAAUCGCUCUCUCCACUCUCUCCCCUUUCACCAUCUUCGUAGACAUCUGCAACGUGUUGGUGAUGGCGGUCGUCGUUAAGGAAGACCUCCAAUUGUUUGACUAUUUUUCUAAGAGAGGUGAUUACAAGCGUUGGCGGGUUGCUGUUUGCCGAAGGGGUGGUGGUGUUUUUGUUUCGAGGGUUUUGGAAUGACUUUAGCCGUUGGAAGCGUUGAUGAGAAAGAGGAAGAAUUUCCGAUGGGUGCUGGGAUAGGCAUUCACUGGGAUUACGCUUGUGUACGGCGUUCACUAGAAUUUCCGGUGAGUGCUGUUUGGGUUCUUUGGUUACUUGGCUUACGGUGACCAAACUAGAGAUAUUAUUACUUUCAACCUCCCAAAGAACUGGUCGACCACCGCUGUAAAGGUAAACCCCAUUCCCCCAUUACUACUCAAAUGACGAUUAUAAUCUGUUGUAAUGGGGGAAUACACCGGGGCAAUACACACAGAUGUUCCCGGUGGUAGCGAUGUGUUGACAACAAUGGGGCUUCGACAUGACAGCCACAACGGCGAUAUCAGAAGCGGUGCAGAUGGCCUUGUCUUAUUGGCGGGGGAGCAGAGACUCGCGUUCCGAUUCCGGCACCGCUGCUAUCAUCUUGAUGAGUUUGGAGAGUCCGUGGCCGAUCAGCCCCCCUCGACCAGGCCUAAGCAUCUUCCUUGGUUCAACAACUUCGACCGUCGCCAUGGAUACACGAGUGAGAGAAGAUGGGGAACACUCUGCAACUCGACUGUCACUAUGUAUGGACAACUGGAACUUUCUAAAUGGCCAAAUGGAAGGCUCGAGAAUGGUUCAGCUCAAAAUCUACAAUAUCAAGGACUUUGGAAGUCUACCACCGGUUCAUGUAUCUUGAGGUCGCGGAAGAUGAACAGUAUUCUCUCGGAAUAGUUAUUACAGGGGUAGUACGAGGAUUAAAAAAUAUUUUAAGGGCAGAUUUCAACGGAAAAUUAACAGAAGGGGUCUUUGUCUCACAGUCAAAGCACAAAGAGGUCUUUAUCACAGACCCCAUAAUACAGGGGGUCUUUGUAAUUUACUCUAGAUUUUAUUAAGGAAAAUUUCACUUUAUGCUCCGUCAUAUAGAACACGGAAUAGUUUUUAUUAGGGAAAAUUUCACUUUAGACUGCAUUUGGAAAGGGGGUAAACACAAAAUUGCAGGGUGUAAAUUGUUUUUGCAUGUCUAAUUUAGGCUCUUCACGUUUGGCACCAAGAUGUAAAACAUCGGU